CCCUCCAAGCUCAUCUCCGAACUCGUCUCGAAAUCGACAUCAAAACACGAAGCCAAACAGCGCGUCCAAGUCGACAACCAAACAUAUUCCUAAAUCCCCGAUCUCAUAAGGCGAGGUGGCUAAGUAGUCAUAAAGAAUCCUGAGUAAUAGUAGACGGAAGAGAAACUCUCGGACAGCUGAUCUCUGAAUAUGGUUUCCAAAGGUUCAUCUCCUUCGACUGUAGCAGAAGAUAACGUAUCUGCUCCAUCUUCAUUGUUACCGCCACCUGGCCGCAGCGGCCGUCGACGAUCGCCCCGCUCCGAUGUCGAAAAACUUAAUAUGGUGUGCAAUUUCAUGCGCAACGAAUUCCGCUGGGGAGUUUCCGACUUCGUCAAGACGUUAGCUUUCUCCGAUGGUUCUAACAAUACUCGCCGGAAGGCUGCCUUUGCUGCAGCUGCAUAUAAAGAUCCGGAAGUUCUGAAGUCCUACUUUGGCGAUGUAGAUCAACAGUGGGAUGGUGGCAGGCAGUCUAUUAUUGAGAUCUUGGAUCUGGGCAACAAUGAGUUACGAAGAGAGGUAGAAAGGCUAGGAGAUCUGGCCCUAUUUAACAAAUACGAUCCGGCUUCCAAGAGUGGUGGGUUUGACGCACUGGGUAUGGAUAAAAUCCUGCACACAAUACAGGAAGAGGCGCCUUUGUUGCUGCAGCUUAUUAGGGACAUCAUGGCACCUAAAGCUCAGCAAUAUUAUACGGCCCAAAAAGAGCCGGUUUCUCGAAUCGUAGCAAUCAUGUCAAUUCUCUGUUUUUCCCAGCGGAAAAACAGUCAUACAGGUUUCCAGACGACUCUCGGCAUCUACCUUCAUUCCAAAGGUGUUAAACGCGAGCAAAUUGAACUCCUCAGUCGUCUAGGCUUCAUCACCAGUUACGGUACCAUCAUCAAAGUCAUCAAAGAACAGCCAGACCGUUCCGCGGCGCAGGUGAAAUGCAUGGGAUAGAGCGGCGCAUCCGUAACUGCAUACGACAAUUUCGAGUUUUUCAGAGGGCAUUAAAGAGCAGCGAGUCGAUCAUCAAAAUACUUUCCAUUCGGUGACAACAGGCCAGGCCAUUCAAGGCAUUGAGAUGCCACCCGACGGAUUGCAGCAGGAUAUGCUUAAUCCCCAAGCGACAAUAUCCGCCAGCGAUGUCUUCCUAGCCCCCGGGAAUCAAAAUGGCCAUGUCCAAAAUCAGGUAGGUAUAAGGUAAUCGAAGUAUUAGUUACGUAUUCCACAAGCGAGCCGC